ACCCACCACUGUGGGUGCCCUGAGAGUGAGUGAGUGAGUGGAGUGGCUGAGAGGCCAGAGCUGCAGCCGCCAGCAUCCUGCCUCUGCUCGUGCUCUCCCAGUCUCCCUCAGAGCCGGCGUCCUCUGCUCCGGCGUCCUCUGCUCCUGCUCUCCCUCACAGCCGGCGUCCAGGACAGCUCCGCCCGCGACUCCAGCUCCGCCCGCGACUGCCAUCUCCGCCCGCGCGAGUUGCAGCCACCGGACGUCCGCACUUCCGCCCACGCGAGCUGCAGCCGCCGGUGUCUGCACGUCCGCCUGCGCCUUCACCUCCGCCCGCGAGAGCUGUAGGCACCAGUGGAUCCGCCCGCCUGCAUCAAGAUGAGUCACUCAUCUGAAGGUUAGCAGUCCUCUACUCCUCUGAAGCCUGCUACGGUGCUACCUCAUGUUUGUUUGGCUAUGCUGCUUUGCAGAAGAUGCUCGACGUCGUGCAGUUGUGGAGGUCUAUUUACCUGAGAACCUUGUAGCUGCGAGUGAUGCUACUGCUGUCUCAGAAGAGGUUCGGGGUACUUCUGCUUCUGCAUCAGCAUCAUCAGCUGCCCCAACUGAAGCAUCCCUGAUAGCUGAAGCCAUAGCUAAAUUGCCACCAGAUCUUGUUUGCAUGGCCGAAGAUAAGAAGAGGAAGGCGAAAUCAGCAGAUCCUGGAUGGAAAUAUGGGUUUUGGCCAGAUCCAGGAAAGAAAGAGUUCAUCCAGUGUAUUUUCUGUGAAAAGGUUGUUCCUGCAGGAAUUAAAAGGUUUAAGCAGCACCUUGCUGGAGGCUUUUGUGAUGCUGUGCAAUGUCAUAAAGCACCUGAACUAGUUAGGCGUGAGAUGAAUUGUUACUUGGCCAAAAGGUCAAGGGCUCAGGUACCUCAGAAUCAGGACACUGGGGUGGAAUCAGAAACAGAAGAAGACACAGUUGAAGUUGGUGGCAGUGGUUCUGCUGCUGCCCCUGCUGCUCAACCAGCUGCUCAUACCUCAGUGAAAGUUCCCAAUUCUGGGACAAAAUCAAAGCAAGGGAAAAAGAUAGCUCAAGCAUCAAUGGGAAAUUUUGUGGUUUCUGCUCCACCAAAACCUCAAACACAGAAGCAUUCCAAGUCAGUGAGUUCUUUGCUUUGCAAGAGUCCAGAAGAAGUGGUUGCAGAAAGGCACAAGUCCAAGAUGUCACAGCCCACUCUUGAGUACUCCACGAAGAGCAAGGAAGCAAAGCAAAUUGUAGAUGACCAUGUGGCUGAUUUUUUUUAUGAGAAUGGGAUAUCAUUAAAUGCUAUUAACUCAAGAAGUUGGGAAAUUAUGUUGGAGUCCAUUGGGCAAUAUGGUCCUGGGUAUCGCUCACCUUCAUACCAUCAGAUUAGGAAUCCACUACUUGAUAGGGCAGUGAACAAGACAGAGGAGCUAAAAAAGAAGCAUGAGCAAUCAUGGAAGGAAUAUGGCUGCACCAUCAUGACAGAUGGAUGGACUGACACUAGCCACCGUCAUCUCAUCAACUUCCUUGCCAAUAUCCCAGCUGGAACAUUCUUCUUAGGUUCAGUUGACGCUUCAAGUGAGAUAGCUAAUGCUUCUUUGCUAGCAGACUUGUUGGAGAAACAAAUUGACAAGGUUGGGAAGGAGAAUGUGGUGCAAAUUGUCACAGAUAAUGGUGCAAACUUUAAGGCUGCUGGAAGAAUUCUUAUGGAGAGGGUCCUAACUUUGUUUUGGACACCAUGUGCUGCCCACUGUUUGGAUUUGAUGAUGGAGGACAUUGGGAAGAUACGUGAGUUUAGCUCUUGCAUUAAUUCAGCUAAGAAGGUGUGUAGGUUUAUCUACAAACAUGGGAGGAUCCUGGAUCUUAUGCGAGAGAAGAUUGGUGGUGAUCUUGUAAGGCCUGCUGUUACUCGCUUUGCUACUUCCUAUCUCACAUUAGCAAGCAUGCAUAAGAACAAAGCGGGUCUGAGGAGUAUGUUUGUGAGUGAAGAAUGGCAGUCCCACAACUUGUCAAAGUCUUCUGAAGGGCGGAGGGCUGAGAACACAGUCCUUUCCAUAGAUUUUUGGAAAAAAGUGGAGUACUGUAUAAAAGCAACACAACCCCUUCUCAUUGCUUUGAGAAUAGCUGAUGGUGACGAAACACCAGCACUCCCUAAGAUAAUGGCAGCAAUGGAUGUUGCAAAGAAGACCAUCAAGGAAACUUUGGCAGACAAACAAUCUUUACUGGAUGCAGUAAUGGAAUGCUAUGGCAAGAGAUGGGAAAACCAGAUGGAGCAAAAGCUAUAUGGAGCAGGCCUCUUCUUAAAUCCAGGAAAGUACUUUGCCAUAAAGGAAAAGGAUAUGAGACAAGCUAGAAAGCUAAGGUGCAUGUUCAAUGACAUUGUAUGGAAGAUGGUGCCAGAUGAGAGUGAAGCGAGGAAAAUAAGCAAACAAGCUGAUGAUUAUGACAGGGCUGGGGGUGAAUCUUUCUCAAAGAGGUUAGCAAUAAUAGAGAGGAAUAACAAAAAUCCUGUUCUGUGGUGGGAUGCUUUUGGUGUCCAUGCAUUCGAGCUACAGAGUUUAGCAAAACGCAUUGUAAGUCUAUGCUGUUCGGCAUCUGGUUGUGAGCGCAACUGGAGCGCAUUUGCUCAUCCACAAGUCAGGAGUCAACGCUCACCAUUAGGCAUCAGCAAGCUGCAAUUACAGGUAAGUGGCCAAAUUACCAUGAUAAUGAUUCAUUAUGCCAUGAAUUCUUAUAUUUACAUCAUAUAUAUAUAGUAUAUACAUGGUCGAUCAGGUUGUCAAGGCAUAAGGACGACUAAAUGUCCGAUCAGCCCGAUCAGCCCGAUCAGACCGACUAAUCGACCCUGAUCGACGACUAAUCGCGAUUAGUCGUCUGAUCGGUGGUCAGACAACUAAGUUCGAUAAUACGAUCUGAAAACAUUGGUCGGUCGGGCCCGAGAUCCGUGAUGAAGAGGAUGGCGUAGCCCCCGAGGCCAUCGUGGGGCCUCCUUGCUAGUGGGUGGGGCAUUUCUCCAUGCAGCCCUCCUCUGAUGCCUUGUGUAUGCGGUUUUGAUGGUGCUUCGGCUGUCGCACUAGUUGAUGGAGUUAAAGCACGCGACACCUGUGCCGUCCUAUACCCCAUGAGGGAUGAACCGCUAUGCCACAUGGCGUAGAUCUAAUGGAGGAAGAGCCAUGAUGCUUCGAGCAUGUGGCUCUAGGCUGUCGAUUAAUCCAGGUGGACUCGAGGAGGGAAGGUCCUCUCGAAUCUUGCACCAAGGUGUGUGCACGUAUAGUGGGCAACACAUCUCGCCAGGAAGUGACAAGAGCAGAUGGUACGGGGCGUGACUAAUCAAUGCCCCAUAUGAACCCACCUCUACUACGCGUCUGCCUUCAUGCAACCACUCGGCGUGCGGCCUAGGGAUCAAGAGGCGUCAAGUCGAUCUGCGGACUCCUAUUUGCUGCCAGUAGUGAAGAUAAAGU